AUGAUGGACACCAUUCUCACAACCACUGGCCAUGUAUCGCCUCUGGCGCAACUCGUCGUCUUCUUUUAUAAGCUGCUAGGCACGCAAUUUGGCUUGGAUCCGUCCAUGGUGCUGGCCAUUUUGGGAUUCAUAUGGGGCGCAUUAAAGAUCGGGUCGCAGAUUCACGAUUACACCCAGAGAUUUAUUGACGAUUAUCUCAUGUGCGCCAUGUACAUUUCCGAGGAUGACCACAUAUAUUUGCAUCUGAUGAAGUGGUUAUCUCACCACCCCAGCAUCAGAAACAACCAAUACCUCAUGGCCCAGACCGUCUGGAAGAGCGCCUGGGAAGAAGAAGAAGAGCUGGAAGAUGCCUUGUUCUGGACAGAUGGUGGCGAAGUUGGUGGUGGCAAUAGGAUGUACCUAAAUUUCGCCAACCAAGCAGCCAGAUCGAGUCCCAGGUUUGUUCCUGCUAUGGGUUCAACAGCAUUUUGGCACAAGGGAACGUAUUUUCGAGUUCACCGAAAAAAGGAAUCGUUUGUCAACACUCAUUCCUGGGGAGGCCCAAUGAAAGACCUAGAAGAGAUUAAGGUUUCUUGCUUUGGUCGUUCCAUCGAUCCAAUCAAAGAGUUGCUCUCGGAUGCCAAAGCUCUUUAUUAUAAUGACACGCGCCAAAAGACGACUAUCUAUCGUCCCAGAGUCAAGGAGCAACGAAGGGACCAUAACAUGUGGCAGCAAGUAGCACGACGGCCCGUUAGACCCAUGUCAACAGUUGUGCUCGACUCUGGCGAAAAGCAUGAUAUUCUGGCCGACGUCAACGAAUACCUGCACCCCUGGACGCCGCGGUGGUAUGCAUCUCGAGGUAUUCCGCUGAGGCGGGGAUAUCUUUUCCAUGGGCCACCAGGUACCGGAAAGACGAGCUUCUCUUUUGCGCUGGCGGGCGUGUUUGGCAUCGACAUUUAUGUGAUUAGCCUGCAGGACGCCGGCGUAAACGAAGAAGAUCUAGCGACAUUGUUCACCAAAUUGCCAAGAAGGUGCAUUGUUCUUCUGGAGGACAUUGAUACCGCAGGGCUAAAGCGAGAUCUUAGCUCUGAGAGUGACGACAAGACGGAGGACAAGAAGAGUGAAGAAAAGGGCAAGAAAGACAAGAAAAAGAAGCACAAGAGUACGUCUGAUACCAGCGACGGUGAAUCGGAGAGCGAGGUUGAAGUAAAACCAAAGAAGAGAGCUUCCAGAAAGAGGGAUGCCGGCAAGAAGAACCCCGUAGCUGUGGAUGGCAUAUCUUUGUCUGGUCUCCUCAACGCUAUCGAUGGCGUUGCAUCUCACGAAGGCCGCGUUUUGAUCAUGACAACCAAUAAGCCCGAGGCUCUAGACGAGGCCUUGAUUCGUCCCGGCAGAGUCGACGUCCAGGUGAAAUUCAGCAAUGCUAGUAGCGUUCAAGCUGGAGAAUUAUUCCAUCGGAUGUACGAGGCAUCUCGUCAUAAUGAGACAAGCAAGAAGGCUAUUGCGGAGGAGGAGGCAGACAAGUCGAACGAACAACCAGUGGCAAAACACGAUACCGAAGAGCUGGAGGGAAUCACAGCAGAGGAGAUGAAGACGAUCUCUGAAGAAUUUGGACGGCGGAUCCCAGAGGGCGUUUUCUCACCCGCCGAAAUCCAGGGCUUCCUGCUCAAGCGCAAAAAGGUUCCGCGCCGAGCAUUGGAUGAAGUAUCAGAAUGGGUCGAAGCGACGAUGCGACAGAAGGAGGCGAAUUCCAAAGUCUCAACUGUGCAGUGA